AUGAAGUUUGUCUUCUUCCCCCUCGUGGCGCUUUUCACGCUCUUGUCGUUUUCGGCGGCUUUGCCCAUCGAGUUGCAGGGCCUCAGAGCCAGAGCCGACUUUGAUACCAGACUGGAGGAGGACACCACUCCUGCGAUUCUCUCUCCCUUGGACAAGAGAGAAAACACCUUGCUCACCAGCUUCUUCACGUCCUUGAACAAAACAAACACCGGUGUCACGCUCGCCAAGGCUGCCGUCAGAACUCCUCUUGUCGAUGACCAGAUCGUCAAGUUCAUUGCCAACUUGAUCGAGGAGAAAAACUUGACCAACUUGUUGGAGAUGGCCGACGACUCCGGCUUGGCCUUGGACUUGGUGUUGUUGAUCUUGACCCACUACGAGGUCAUUGACGGUCUCACCGAUUUCGUCAAGUACUACAAGGGCGGCAGCAACCUGACUUCUGGUAGCUCUGGCGGUCUUGGUGGUAUUUUGGGUGGCCUCUUGGGAGGCGGCUCUUCUAAGAACUCGUCCUCCAGCUCCGGCGGCGGCUUGGUCAGCGGUCUUUUGGGCGGUCUUCUUGGUGGAGGAUCUAGCGGCAGUUCUGGAUCCAAAAACACCACUUCCUCCGGUUCCGGCGGCGGAUUGGUUAGCGGACUCUUGGGCAGUCUCCUUGGAGGCGGUUCUUCCUCGUCUUCGUCCAGCCCCAGCUCCUCCUCAUCUGGUUCUUCUGGAUCCGGUGGUGGAUUGGUUUCUGGUCUUUUGGGUAACCUCAUGGGUGGAUCCUCUGGUUCUGGUUCUUCCGGAUCCGGCACCACUUCUGCCCCUGCUGCUGUUGCUUCUGCCACUUCUGCCGCUCCUCAGGCUUCUUCCUCGAAGUCUGGCGGUCUUCUUGGUGGUCUUCUUGGUGGUCUUGGAGGAUCUAAAUCCACCGGUGCUGCUACUACUUCUGGUGCUGCUGCCACCUCUGCUGCUCCCCUUGCCGGUUCCGCUGCUCCAGUUGCCGGUUCCGCUGCUGCCGAGUCCGUUCCAGUCGUUUCUGACCUCCUUGGCUCCAACGCUGGUGCUGCUACCAACACUCCAGCUGCCGAUACCGGAGCUGCCGCCGCUACCGGAGCUGCUGACACUGCUGCUACCGCCGCUACCGGAGCGGUUUCGGAGGCUGCCACCGCCGCUACCGGCGCUGCUUCCACCUCCACCGCUUCCGGCCUUGCUGGUGCUCUUGACAACCUCCUCAAGCGUGCCGACGACGAGGACAUUACCAACGACGCUGAGCUCCUCAGACGUCACACCGAGGCUUUUGCGGAAGAAUUGCAAAUUCUUGUCAAGCGCUCCGAAGAAGCCUCCUACUUGGAAAAGCGUGAUGUCUGGGACAAUGUGUACCAGCAGAUGAUCAGCCUUAUCGGCACUGACUCCAACGUCGAGGACGUCAUGGUGUCCUUGAAGAAGUCCGGCUUGGCCAUGAACGUCAUCUACAACGCCUUGACCGACUCCGACUGGUACGGUUUCGACAAGAAGUUGGUCAAGUACCUUGUGGAGAACGACAUUGUCACCUUCCCCAUUUUGCUCAACGCUCUUUUGAAGUCCGGUGUGAUCUGGCACGUUGCUGCCGACAUUAUCAGCAACUCCGACUACGUCAAGCUUGUCAUUGACUUUGUGCUUGCCAUCUUCACCGGCAAGGUCAAUGUCACUGGCUUGAUCAUGGCCUUUUUUUAA